AUUUAUUCUAGAAUAUUAAACACAUCCGCAAACAAUAUCUGUCUGGAGUCCCAAAGUUUACAGCACACAGAGCUGCAGUAAAGCAGCUUGUUUAAUCUAGAACAUAAGAAUGGUGACACUGUGCAUGAAUAUAUUUCGGUGUUCUGUAGUCGAGCCUCUGCCCCGGGGCUUCAAUAUUGUGGCUUUCAACGUGUCAACAAGGCGCUCCUCCUGCCCCCCAGCUAACAAAAACCAAAACAAGGUCUUGCAACAGAGGUUUGUCACCGCGGAGCGUAAAUAUUACGCACAGCUGAUCUUGCACAAAUGCGGUUACUAGAGUAUAGUAUAUGGCUGCGUGUAUUCAUCACACAGUCUGAAAUGUGAGCCGAUUGACAGCUGCGGUGGCAACUGUUCACUGAGGACAGGCGUGCGUCCGGCUGCAGUUCCGCCUGCAGCUGCGGUGCUGAAUAAAGGCUGUACUGGCUCACAGACGCGCUACUGUACGACCAGCACGCCCUGAGCGUCGAUGCGGACCGUUUUCCCAGCAGAUAACUGAAAGCUUUGUCGUUUCUAGUGAACAGUCGGCUUUUAUCUCUAUUUUUCCCACUUCACAGCGCGGGGAGGACAGGGAUUCUCUUGUGUUGCUGCUGCCUGAGGCUGGAUGUCUCAGUGAGGGGAUGCGGGGUCUCUAACCCACUCGCGGCUUGCUCAGGUCUGGACAUGCUGGGAGGCAAACGCCCAUCAUAACUGUGGCUGUGUGCUGCUCUAAAAAGCGACGCAAGGAACAGUCGGGUUAAAUGAGGAACAAGUCUGUGCUUUAACACUGUGUCGUGCUGGUCGCUGGCAGCAGGAUUUGCAUGAGGUUUAUUUCGGGGGAAACAGCUUCAACCGUCGGCGCAGCAGGCUGAUCCUCACACCAAAGAAUUCACCGGAUUUGGCUGCACGUUUUUUGUGCCUAAGGUUUCCAUUUAUUCUUAUUUAAGGCCGCAUGAAGGACCAAAUCGUAACUAUACACGAUUACUUUGGCGCACUGAAUGGGAGCGCCUAUAGCUCAGGCUUUUUGUCUGCUAGAUAGCCCUUGUUGGUCAGACAGCUCAUCUAAAUUUAAAAACAUGUUCUACGGUGCUGUUAGUAAUAACAAAUGUAUUUUUCAAUAAAUUAUGUAUUUAAAUAAGUUAGAUUAAAAAAAUAUUGUCGACAGUGCCAUUGCGCAUUUUGGACCAUCUUUCUAAAUGCCCUUCACUUUUUUAGUAGACUUUAAAUUGGACAUUUUUAAAAUGCAACUUUUAAUUUGUAUGUACAUUUGGCAAAUGUUGGUUAUAUUUAGGAUUAUAUUUACCUUUUACGCUGGAUACAAUUUUCUUUUAUACUCCUGUUGCCUCUUGAGAGCUCCCUGAGCAUUUGGAUACACCUGUGCACUUUUGGAGAUGUCCAUUUGGAUUCGCGGCUCACUUUUGGUUUUGUUGGAUUUUAUUCACGUGAAAAUAGUUUUCUUCGGAUUCUUUUGAUCUAGUCUAUAAGAAAAGGGUCCGUUUUACCAAUUAAUCCCACCAAUGGAGUCUGUGUAGCCUCUCAGAGAUGCUCCAUGACUUGGCAAACGCACGAAAAGCAGCAGCAAGUUCCUAAGAGUUCAGUUGCGCACUCACGGACAAUCCCUCUUCAGUAUUAACUGUAUGACUACUGAAUGGACCAAAAUAAGUUGAAACCAUAGGGGUAGAACAGUAUAUUUCUGAGGAGGGGGCUUUACCUUUUAAUGCCAUUUUUUAAAUUAUUUUUUAAUGGGAUAUUGGAGGUCAUGUUUAUUUAGGGCCCAAAUGGCCAUUUUUAGAUUUGGGGGACUUUCUGGGCUUUUUAGAAAUGAUUUUGUCAAAUUUGUUCACCCCUGCAUGAGCUACAGACAUGGAAGUGUCCUUUUUGCAGGGAUUGCUGGGAAGAAGAAGGAGGCUGUCGAGGUUGGGACUUUGGAGAGGAAGGUAUAGUUAGAGCCAUUGUCUGAAAGGAAUCAUCUUCAUCAGGACCAGCAUCCAUAUUUUCAUUGUUCCAGUGUGAACUUGAAGAAAGGAAAUUUGAUAUCACGUCCCACUUCUUGACUCUGACCUCAGCACCUGCACCUCAGCCAUGAUGGAUGAGGAGAUCAUCGAGGAGAAGGCCAAGCUGAAGCAGGGUCUGGUCAAAGUGCUUCAGUGUGUGGCCACCAUCUCUUCAGCUGCUGCUGUAGUUAACCCCAUCUUUGGUGUUGCCGGUUCCCUGAUCCGGGUGGUGCUGCACCACAUCGAUGAUGAAGACAUUCGUACUCUGAAGCGCGAGUUUGCGUCAGUCAACCGAGGGCUGGACCAGCUCUCCCAGCUGAACCGCAGCACGCUUGUGCAGAUCAAGAAGGAAACGCUGGACGGCCAGUACAAUCAGGUUGAAGAGAACCUGAAGCACCAGUUCAGAAAGUUCAUGGAGAUGGUGGAGGCGCGGCCGCAGCACCGCGAGCGCAAGAAAGACGACUUUGAGGAGAGUUACGCCAACGAUCUGGGUGACCAGAACCUGCACACGCUGUACGACGGCGUGGUGGGGAAACGCAAGCUGUUCAGUAGACCCAUCCUGGAGGUCUACUUGAAAUACUCCCAAGGCGAUCGCCAGACAAUGGAGCGACUGUGCACGCGCCUCACCUACCUGUUCUGCAUCGGGCUCAUCGCCCUCAUGGGGUACGCGGCCGUCAUCGGAGACGACGAGGAGGGCCUGAGCGAGGAGUGGGCUGAGAAGAUGGAGCACGUACAGGAGAAAAUGCAGGAAGCUCUUAGCAGGUGCAAGUGAAGAACCGUGAAGAGUCGUCGUCUCUGCUUCAUCAGUGCUUUUCUUCAGUUUUCGGACUCGCCGGUCCACAUUCCUUCUUUCAUUUUCUCUCCCAAUGACAACGUCUCCCUUCACUGCUUUAAAAGCCUGGUGAUUGCUGCACAUGUGAGCUGUGUGUGAGACGUGAGCAUGGCCCGUUUCCUGCUGCUUUGACAUCGACUGGCUGAUUCUUCAACUUAAAAAAAAUGUUACUGCAGUGGUUUCAGCUCAUGGCAAGAAAAGAUAUGUUAAUCAUCCAUGGGUUCAGUAUGCUGCGCUAAAGAAAUUGCACACACAUAAUUAUACAAAAAACAUUAAAAAGUACAUUUUUUUUCGUUCCAGGGCAUCAAAUACUCCCGUUCUCAGUUGCUCACACAAGGUGUGCAGGACUUUGCCAGAUAGAAGACUUUAGUUCAUGUCCUUCAUUGGACAUUUUUGCUUGCUGAUUAAUUUGCACUUGGCUUAGUUUAAGCAGAGUCCCUGUGGUUAUUUAUCUGGGACCAGUCUAACCUGAUUUAAAAAAAAAAAACACAAAACACUUUUAAAAAGUUUAACAACUUGACGCCAAAAUAAGAAAAAGCUUUAAAAAGCUUUCCCUCCAUUGAAGUUGCACAUAUGUCUCUGAAAUUUCUGUUCAGGAUUCUUUGAGCACCACAAUCUUAGUUUGGUAUCAAAUACAGCCCCCUACCCAGUGUGUUUAAAUGUGACACUAAAGUGUCCUUUACAAGUAUCUGCAUGUGACGUGUUGACAGUGAGUGCGCCGCCUUGUUAUAGCUUUAACCAGUGCUCGUUCACAUCUGCUCUGUCUCUGGGAGAGUCUGGUGGCUUUACGGGAAAAUGAACAGAAGCAUUUGAAACCUUUGGAAUGAGAGCUGACUGUCAAUGCAUCAGCUCCAUAUUUAAACGUAAUCUAUUGCAGAGCUUCCCACAGCUUUACAUGCAGUCUAUUCCAGCCAAAUGCAGUUUGUGAAAAUAUAUUACACUACAAGAAAAUCAGUGUGACGGCAGGAGAAACCAGCCUUCAGAUGAAAGAGUUCAACUAGAACUAGAGACAAGCAUCUCAAAGCCUCAUAUCUAUGAAUCUAAUAACCGACUACUGUGAUAUAAUCCUUUAUUGAAUAUAAUCAAUCGUGUCAUCUUAAGCAAAUUAUCAAAAUCUGUGCCACAAAUGUGUUUUACUUGUUCUUACGUUAAAUUUAUUUUACACUAAAGUGAUGCUGCUGUGCUGAGUUCUUUAUUUUCUUUCCUAAGUGCAGAAAAUAUUUGAAACAUUAAGACACUACAGAUUUUUCAUGCAGCACUACAGCUGCCAAUAACGAGCACUUCACUGGAGCAAGAAGCACUGAAUAUGUCAUUAUUUACCAUUUAUGAGGUCAAAUUAAGCAAUGGCUGCAGUUCAGUUUCCCCAACCUGUAAUACACACCUGUGGUAUUUGAGUUUCUAACAGAGCUCUCGUUCUGUGCAGCUGUGCCACUCUUUUCUAUUUAAUGUGCACUACAGCUUUUUAGCGAUGCAGGAAAUGCACCAAGUAUGUAAGGAGAUAUCAGAGGGUUUCUUUGGUGGGAGGUUUUUAACAUCUGUUGAGCCGUCGUUUUCUUUAAGGCCAUCCUGAGCAACUAUGUAUCAUUUUUAGCGUUUUGUGUCCUUUCCUGUCUGAACAACAGUGCCUGAAUGUCCCGUUUUUUUUGUAUUUUUUAUUAAGGGGUUUGUUUUAAUGCAGUCUUCAUGUUUUGAACAAUUUCUCUUAUUUUUCUAGAAAACUGGUGAUGCCAAGAGUAUCAGAUGGUUGGUGGGUUUACUGCAUUAGAACACAACGUCAGUUGUCACAGUGUUUGUUGGAAAAGUUAUCCAGUAACACCUCAGUUAAAAUUAUUUUUUUAGUAUAUAUAUAUAGCCAUACUUUUCUCCUACUUUUUAAACACACAGACUCUGUUACAGACUGGUUUAUGGUUCUGUUGCAGUGUGCCGCCAUCUUGUUACAACACUAUAUGCUACGUAAAUAUAGUUAAAAUUCUGUUGAUAUUUUGGGAGAUCAUAUGGCCCUCUUUUUGGUAUGCCCUGUAUGUGAACAUGUUGCCUUUUUAGUUCUGCAAAUUUGAUGCCUGAUUGUAUAUGCACCAUAAAUAAACAAUCAAUAAUACUGA